ACUUUUGGUCCAAAAACUUUCCUUUGUAGUAGUCUUUGGAAUCUCUCUCCCCCUCCACUCCAGCAGCCUUCGCCACUGCCAUGAAGCGACGAGCGCCGGCGCCGGCGGCGAUUAUCCGGCGCGGCGGGGGACUUGGGAUCGCUGCCAUGUCCUACGUGGCGGUUGACUACAUGCGGUACGUGUCGCCGACGUGGCACGAGCGUCUUCAGCCGGUGCUUUGGUCUUUCCUCGCUCUCGCCGUCGUCACGCGCGUGCCGUCCUACAAGCACUGGUCCGCCGAGCUACGCGCCGCUUUGCCUUUCCUAGGCUCCAUGGUCUUCAUGCUCGGAGCUCUUCUAUUCGAAGCUCUGUGUGUCCGCUUCGUCACUGCUGUUCUUGGAUUAGAUUGGCACCGGGAUGCCCAUCCUCUCCCCGACACGGGCCAGUGGCUGCUACUUGCACUAAAUGAGAAACUUCCCGGAACAAUGGUAGAAAUCCUGAGAGCCCAUAUCGUCGGAUUGCACCAUUUCCUUAUGCUUUUUGUGAUGUUGGGUUUCUCGGUGGUAUUCGACUAUGUGAAAGCCCCGGGUCUAGGUCUAGCCGCGCGAUACAUGUUCACCAUGGCAGUUGGCCGUCUUCUUAGAGCUAUAACAUUCAUAUCCACCAUCCUUCCCUCUGCUCGACCGUGGUGUGCUUCAGCCCGGUAUAUCAUCCCAGGCCAUCCUCAUCCCUGGGCUCAGAAAUACUAUGUCCCAUACUCGGAGGACCCUGAUUCUAUACAUCAGCUCUUACACCGGGAUUUUGCUUACGUUCAUCCUGGAGAGUACAUCGGUGAAUAUAGACCCGAGUGGGGUUCGAUGAGUUUUCUCAUCGAUUUCUUGAGACCCGAUUACUCAGAAGGAUCUUCAUGGUUCGGCCUACUGAAGAGAGCCGGCGGUGGAUGCAAUGACUUACUAUACAGCGGUCACAUGCUCGUUGCUGUACUCACUGCUAUGGCUUGGACGGAAGCAUAUGGAGGAAUCUCGUCGGGGAUGAUAUGGGUUCUCGUGAUUCACAGCGUGCAGAGGGAAAUACGGGAAAGGCACCAUUACAGCGUGGACUGUGUGGUGGCAAUAUACGUCGGAAUCCUCCUAUGGAAAAUGACGGGUUUUAUAUGGUCGAACAAGGGAUUUAAAGCAGAGAAGACGAAGCUCGAGAAGAUCCAGAACAGGCUGGUACAUGCCGCAAAAGAUUCAGAUAUGGACACAGUACGAAGACUUGUGGAAGAACUCGAGGUAAGUGGUGGCGAGGAGAGACAGACGGACAAAGUGUCGAACAGGACGAUGUUUUUAUUCGCUGGAGCUACCGUUAUCACUACGCUUACUAUCGUUCUUCUCGCAUUCACGUUGACAAACGACGGAUAAGGAGUUCGUUCGUUACUGCUAAAGAUCCAAAGUAUGAUGAACUUUUUCUUUCGCUGGCUGUCAUUUGUGUGUUCUUCAGACAUUAGGACAUGUUCAGGAAGGGCACGACAUUAAUAUUCUGUCUUUUUCCACGCUAGAGUUUUGCUUGUUUUGUUAUCUUUGGUUGUAUCAGAAUAUCUGAUGGGUUUGUGAAAUAAAAAUUAGGAUAUGGAAUGAUACAGGUUUUGAUCGAUAA